ACCUCAAGCUUUUCACUUGCAACUUGCAGUCAGGAGCGCCACACGUGACGUCACCACCACGGUACACCGGAUAAAAGUACAGAAAAGUUCUCAUCGUUCUCUGACAGACUGUUUCCCACCAUGGCAUCUCUACUGAAGACUAUGUCCGUUCUGGCCGUGAUGCUUUGCAUCGCUGUAGGCUUCUCUGAAGCUUUCCCACGACCCCUCAAUGCCACCACGGGUGUAAACGUCACAAGUGGAAACUAUUCUGUCUUUGCUGGCAACUCUUCAAGUGGAAACUUCACAGGUGGAAACUCAACAAAUGGAAACUAUUCUGCCUUUCCUGGCAACUCUUCAAGUGGAAACCUCACAGGUGGAAACUUCACAGGUGGAAACUAUUCCGUCUUUGCUGGUAACUCUUCAAGUGGAAACCUCACAGGUGGAAACUAUUCUGUCUUUGCUGGUAACUCUUCAAGUGGAAACUUCACAGGUGGAAAUGCAACAAGUGGAAACUAUUCCGUCUUUGCUGGCAACUCUUCAAGUGGAAACCUCACAGGUGGAAACUUCACAGGUGGAAACUAUUCCGUCUUUGCUGGCAACUCUUCAAGUGGAAACUUCACAGGUGGAAACUUCACAGGUGGAAACUAUUCCGUCUUUGCUGGCAACUCUUCAAGUGGAAACCUCACAGGUGGAAUCUUCACAGGUGGAAACUAUUCUGUCUUUGCUGGAAACUCUUCAAGUGGAAAUUUCACAGGUGGAAACUCAACAAAUGGAAACUAUUCUGUCUUUGCUGGCAACUCUUCAAGUGGAAACUUCACAGGUGGAAAUGCAACAAGUGGAAACUAUUCCGUCUUUGCUGGCAACUCUUCAAGUGGAAACUUCACAGGUGGAAAUGCAACAAGUGGAAACUAUUCCGUCUUUGCUGGCAACUCUUCAAGUGGAAACUUCACAGGUGGAAAUGCAACAAAUGGAAACUAUUCCGUCUUUGCUGGCAACUCUUCAAGUGGAAACUUCACAGGUGGAAAUGCAACAAGUGGAAACUAUUCCGUCUUUGCUGGCAACUCUUCAAGUGGAAACUUCACAGGUGGAAACUAUUCUGUCUUUGCUGGCAACUCUUCAAGUGGAAAUUUCACAGGUGGAAACUCAACAAAUGGAAACUAUUCUGUCUUUGCUGGCAACUCUUCAAGUGGAAACUUCACAGGUGGAAACUCAACAAAUGGAAACUAUUCUGUCUUUGCUGGCAACUCUUCAAGUGGAAACUUCACAGGUGGAAAUGCCACAAGUGGAAACUAUUCUGUCUUUGCUGGCAACUCUUCAAGUGGAAACUUGACUGGUGGAAACUUCACUGGUGGAAACUUCACAGGUGGGAACUCAACAAAUGGAAACUACUCUAUCUUUGCCGGCAACUCUUCAAGUGGAAACUCUACAGGUGGAAACUCCACAAGUGGAAACUUUCCUGUUUUUGUCAUCAACCCUUCAGGUGGAAACUUCACAGGUGGAAACUCUUCAGUCAUCAUCGCCGGUAACUCCACCAACGGAAACUUCAGCUCCUUCGACCAGGGUCCAAUAAUUGGCUAACUCUAUCCCCGAUGAGAAUACAACGUUCUGAGUAUUUUAACAUUAACACACGGCACAAAAAUAAUGGCAUGAUCUCGUUCAUAUUAUAGAUUACGCUUAUCUCGAAAAGAUUGAUUUCAGAUCCACGAUGACACACCUUUAAAGCAAGAAGUCCCCGAGCGUUCAAUUUUAUAAUACGAGAACAACGUAAAAGAUAACUAAAAUUAAUCUUACAUGUAUUUCUUUGUUGAUAGAUGCAUUUACCAGUUUAAGUUCUGGACGUUAAAGCAAGAUCUUUGUCUGGCAUGUUAACCUGUGUGCCCUGGUGAAACUUGAAGUAAAAAUAAAAUAAAAACAAUAUUUGAAGAACCCAGAAA